CGGUGGACUGCAAUUAUGGGCGGCCACUGGUAAUGGCGGAGGAGUUGAGAAGAGAAACUCUAGUCUUCUCCAACCAUUGAAACAAAAAUGGCGGUGGAGAGCUACGUGGUGGUGCACAACAUAGCGAAGAGGCACAACAUCGGCACUCUCGCCCGGAGCGCCACCGCCUUCGGCGUUUCGGAGCUCAUUCUCGUCGGCCGCCGCGACUUCAACUCCUUUGGCAGCCAUGGCUCCACCUCCCACCUCCGCUUCCGCCACUUCCACUCCCUCCUCGACGCCCGCCAUUUCCUCCAGGAGAGAGAUUGCGAUAUAUGUGGCGUGGAGAUCACCGACGGCGCUGUGGCUGUGAAUCAGCAUCCUUUCAAGAGGAGCACCGCCUUUCUUCUCGGAAAUGAGGGAACCGGUCUUUCUGCCAAAGAAUGUGAGAUAUGCGACUUCUUUGUGUAUAUUCCACAAUAUGGUUGUGGGACUGCCUCAUUGAAUGUCACGGUGGCUGCUUCUAUUGUUCUACAUCAUUUUGGAGUUUGGGCAGGUUUUCCUGAGAGAACCCGCGACGGGAACAAGUUUGUAGUGGCUGAGAAGCCUGAAAAACAAGCGAAACGAAAUUACUGCAUGGAAACAGCUGAUGCUAUUAUUGAAGAGCGAAGAUUAAGAAGAGAAAGUAACGGUUUCUUUGAUGAGAGUGAGAAUGGCAAUUCAUCUUCUAAUCUUCUUGAUACUUUGUUUGAUGAUGUAUAGAUGUGAAUUCUUUGGCAUCGAAGUCAUGGAGUAAAGGGAAUAUCGAUCCAUGUCUGGUUUACGGGGUUUACAGGGAAAAACUAAUCGCAGAAAAUCUAUAGUUCCAAGCUUGGCAGCUAGUUGGUUCCUCUUUUAACCCAAGGAGGAAGUUGCUUAGGAAGAUACAAAGUGGUAGUAUGCGUGCCAUGCAAGUUAGCAGAUUGAUGAAAUGAAAUAUUCCUUGUUCUUUUUUUUUUUCUUUUUUCAUCAGCAGUAAGAAUCAAUCUGUAUAUCAUUCUGUCGUUAAUAAGGAAUGAAACAGUUGAUGAUGACGAGCGAAAUUAUUGAUUAU